CCGUGUGUCCUCCGUUAGCUUUCCGCAGUCGAAUGGGAGGGCGGAAGUUGCGGUUAAGACUGCUAAGCGCCUCCUGAUGUCCAACACCGGCCCGUCGGGCAGCCUUGAUCAGGACCGCUUCCUGCGUGCUAUGCUGCAGUUGCGGAACACGCCUGACCCCGACUGCAACCUCUCGCCGGCGCAGAUCAUCUUCGGCCGCCCCCUUCGUGGCUCGCUCUCCUUCGUGAACCGCCUCGAGAAGUUCUCGAACCCGCAUAUCCGCCCGCUAUGGCGCGAGGCAUGGGCGGCGAAGGAGGACGCCCUUCGGACCCGUAUGUCCCGUACCACCGAGUCUCUGGGGACUCACUCAAGACCGCUCCGCCCAUUGGCACUCGGCGAAAGGGUAUUCCUCCAGAACCAGCAAGGCCCGAGCCCCCGCAAAUGGGACAGGUCAGGGAUCGUGGUGGAGUCGCUGGACCAUGACCAGUAUCGGAUCAGGGUUGACGGUUCGGGACGUCUGACACUGCGCAACCGGCGGUUCCUCCGUGCCUACACGCCGGCCACACCCUGCACCCAUGAGCAGUCGGCCACGCCGUCGCCGCCGCCCGCUGCCCUGGGACAUCAGCCCCCACCUAUCCGCCCGGGCUGGGCGACGCCCCAGGGGCUUGCUCAGCGGCCGGCUGAUGGUCCCCGCGACUCGGCUAUGGGCGCUUCCCCACCGGCGCUUGCUGAUGAGGCGUCCUCUGACCUCGCCGUUCCUACGGGUGCCUUCCUGGGCGCACCGCUCCCGGUGCCGCAGUCGCCGCCGGCGCUGCCCCAGCCCACUCGGCCAGGCCGCGUGAGGAAGCCGCCGGCACGAUACGAGCCCGAGUCCGGCAGCUGGAUACGGGAUUUAGACCGUUAA